UGUGAUUUUUUUUAAUGUCUAGGGGUUUGGGGGUGUGCAAAUUUCUAUAUAAUUUGUGGGUUUCUUGAAAAGUUUGUUCUUUUAUCCGAUUUACAUUUAUAUGGCUUGAGGGUUUAUCUGGCGGUGUGGUAUCCCUUUUGUUGUUUGCUUGUAUAUUUUUUUGUUUGUUACACCGUUAUCCGUCCCGAGGGAGGUCUAUCGGAAGCAGUCUCUCUACUUCACCGGAGAUAGUGGUAUGGACUGUGUACACUCUUUACCCCAGAUCCCACUUUGUGGGAAUACAUUGGGUAUGCUGUUGUUGUGGAGGGUCUAGUUUCUCUGCUUUGUUUCCUGUUGGGUGCAUCCAUAAAGUAAUGUUUGUUCCAAGUUCUCAUUUUUUUAAUGUUGGCAUCCAUAGCUUUAAUCGCUCGAGAUUUGCCAUGUAGGACGCAUGUGUCUAUUUGUUCAACGUUUAAGUACUUACUUGUGCACACCCAAAGUUGGAGGGUGUAUAUGUCAGCUGAGGACUUGAGGUCAAGUUAAAGGGCACAUUUAUGUAUUAUGAUUAAUGAGAAAAGGACUCCUUGACAAACACAAUAGGGAACUGGAGCAUCUGAGUCUGACUAAUCAGCCACUAAAGACAGUUAAAUUCUUCAGUUUAGCUGUUCUAAAGUGUCUUCAACAAUUCUCAGUUAACACUAUCAAGUGCAGCUGUCUUGUGGUCAUAGUGCUAGCUACCGCUGGUGGGAUUUUGCUUUUGACACGUGGGAGGGUGUACGAGGUGACUCUGCAGCCUGUUCUGGAGAUUCUCAGCUAUCUACGGUUUGGACUCUGGUGGCUAGUUCUUGGCGUGGCUUCAUCAAUUGGCCUAGGAUCUGGUCUGCACACUUUCGUCUUGUACUUGGGUCCUCACAUAGCUCUAUUCACAAUAAAAUCUGUGAGCUGCGGAAGGGUUGACAUAAAAAGUGCUCCAUAUGAUACCAUUCAAUUAAGAAGUGGUCCUUCAUGGCUAGAUAAGGACUGUUCUGAAUUUGGCCCACCAUUAUUUUCUCUACCUGGUGAUCGGGUACCAUUGACCAGCAUACUGAACCAGGUUCAGUUGGAGGCUAUAUUGUGGGGUAUUGGAACAGCUCUCGGAGAGCUUCCUCCUUACUUCAUCUCUAGAGCUGCUCGUAUAUCUGGUAGUGAUGGUGAACUUAUGGAAGGUUUGGAUUCUGCUUCAAAAGAAGAUAGUGGAAUUAUCAGCAAUCACUUAAGACAGAUAAAAAAGUGGCUUCUUUCUAACGGACAGUAUUUGAAUUUCUUCACAAUUCUGGUUCUUGCAUCGGUGCCAAAUCCUUUGUUUGACCUUGCUGGUAUCAUGUGUGGGCAAUUUGGCAUUCCGUUUUGGAAAUUCUUUACAGCAACACUCAUCGGGAAGGCGAUUAUUAAAACUCACAUACAGACAGCAUUUAUCAUUUCAGUUUGCAACAAUCAACUGUUGGACUUGAUAGAAAAUCAAUUAUUUCGGGUGCUUGGUCUCAUCCCUGGAUUUGCGUCGUUCCUGCCAAGCAUCAUUUCCAAACUACAAACAGCUAGAGAGAAGUACAUGGCAGCAUCCCCUCCAGUGUCUGGUGUUAAGGCAAAGAAGUGGGAUCUUUCGCUUGUUUCAGUGUGGAACACUGUUGUGUGGCUCAUGCUCUUGAACUUCUCAGUGACGAUUGUUAAUACAACUGCCAAGGGCUAUCUUAGAGAGCAGCAAGAGAAGGAGCUGGCCGCGCUUGAAGAGAAUCGUGCUAGGGAAUAAUUGAGAAAUUUUUGGGGCUAAUUGGUCUGUUUUAGACUAUCAAUAAUUGGUCUCUCUCUCUCUGCCCUUCUCCAUUCACUACUAUGUUUUUGUCUGCCACAAGACUUGAGCUUGUGACAUGCACCUAAUUCCUAAUUUACACACUGUGCUAGAGUUCUUGCCUCUAAAAUCAAAGCUUUUAUUUUAUUC